GGCUUCGGCAGCUGCGGCGGCGGCGGCGCAGGACGCGGACCGAGCAGGCUGCUCCUGCCGCUGCUCCUGCUCCUGCUCCUGCGGUGGCGGCUGCGGCGGGAGAGCCGCGGAGAGCUCGGGUGCGGCGCUCAGGCCGGGAUGAAGGGCUGUGGCGGCGCGGCCCGCGAGCAGCCGGCGGGGCGGUGCCUUCCUGACUGACAGUGGAGGGAGAGUCCCGAUGAUCCUCUGACUUCUGUCCGCCUGGGGCCUCCGGAAAAGACUGCAAUGUCCCAGACGAGGGAUUAUGAAUGUGACAGCCAUGAUGCUGGCGUGCAGGAGCCCCGGAUUUCAGGGUCGAGCACGAGGCUGGAGUGGGUGGAGAUCAUCGAGCCGCGCACCCGAGAGCGCAUGUAUGCCAACCUGGUCACGGGCGAGUGCGUGUGGGACCCUCCUGCCGGCGUCCGCAUCAAGCGCACCAGCGAGAACCAGUGGUGGGAGCUGUUUGACCCCAACACUUCCCGCUUCUACUACUACAACGCCAGCACUCAGCGCACCGUGUGGCACCGGCCGCAGGACUGUGACAUCAUCCCCCUGGCCAAGCUGCAGACCCUGAAGCAGAACACGGAGUCACCCCGUGCCUCGGCAGAGAACAGCCCCGGGCGGGGCAGCAGCGUCAGCCACGAGGGCAGCACCAGCUCCUCCCUGGAGCCCGAGCUGGACGCCGGCGAGAAGGUGCAGGAGCCUUUGGGGAGGGCCAGCCGGCAGGCCGCUUUCGGGGCUCUGAAGGAAGAGAGCAGCAGCUCUUCACCACCAGGAGUGUUCCUUGAGAAGGACUAUGAAAUUUACCGGGAUUAUAAUGUGGAUGGACAACUUCUUCACUACAGGACCUCCUCACUUCGGUGGAACUCGGGCACCAAGGAGCGUAUGCUCAUCAAAGUUGCGGACCGGGAGCCCAGCUUCCUCUCCUCCCAGGGCAAUGGCUAUGCCCUAGACAGCCAGUCUGGCGGCCGCUCCCGCAGACCCUCCGGUGGGCAGCACUCACCCAGCCUGCAGACGUUUGCCUCAGAAUCUGAUGGCCCCGUCUUCUUCCCUGAACGGAGGCCAUCACCCUUCCUGAAGAGGGCCGAGCUGGGGAGCUGCUCCCCGCUGCUGGCCCAGCCACGCAAGCCUACCAGUGACUCGCAGCCCUCCUCCCCACGCUACGCCUAUGAGCCCCCCCUCUACGAGGAGCCUCCCGUGGAGUACCAGGCUCCUAUCUAUGAUGAGCCGCCCAUGGACGUCCAGUACGAGGCUGGCGGGGGCUAUCAACCUGGCUCACCCCAGCGGUCUCCAGGCCGCAAACCAGCACCCUUCCCACAGUCACCCAAGCAGGGCUCCGCCUCGCCCUACCAGCAGCUGGUGCUGACCAGGCAGAAGUGCCCUGAGCGUUUCCUGAGCCUGGAGUAUAGCCCUGCAGGCAAGGAAUACGUGCGGCAGCUGGUGUACGUGGAGCAGGCCAGCUCAAGCCCCAAGCUGCGUGCAGGCCCAAGGAACAAGUAUGCACCCAAUCCCGGGGGUGGCUCACUGCCCCUGCAGCCCAGCCCCUGCCUGCUGCGGGAUCAGCGCCUGGGGGUCUCCUCUGGGGACUACAGCAGCAUGGAGGGGCCUGAGCUGCGGCAUCAAGACGAUGCUAUGUCCUGGUCCAGCCAGCAGGACACCAUGUCCUCAACAGGCUACUCCCCGGGCACCCGCAAGAGGAAGAGCAGGAACCCCUCUCUGUGCCAUGUCCCCAGCGCCUCGUCCACCGAAGUCCCCGGGGACCGUGACCUCCUCGCUGAGCAGCCCCCGGCUGAGGAGCGGCCCCUGUGUGGGCCCGGCCUGGCCCCAGUGAAACGCGCAGAGGGCAAGACUGGCGAGGCUGAGCCCUUUCUGGCGCAGGCCCGGCUGGCCUGGGAGGCACAGCAGGCCCGCUUUCACACGAAGCAGAGAGGCAGCUGGGACUCCCAGCAGGACGGCUCGGGCUAUGAGAGCGAUGGGGCGGUGCCUCUGCCCAUGCCUGGGCCUGUGGUGCGCGCCUUCAGUGAGGAUGAGGCGCUGGCCCAGCAGGAGAGCAAGCACUGGCAGAGGGGCGCCUUAGAGAGGCUCGCUUUCCCCCAGAUCCUACUGGAGAAGAGCAUCUCUGUGCAGACCAACCUGGCGUCGCCAGAGCCCUACCUUCACCCCUCACAGUCCGAGGACCUCGGUUCCUGUGCCCAGUUUGAGAGUAGCCGCCAGGCCCGCAGCGUGAUGCCCAGUGCUAGCUGUGUGUUCCCCACCUUCACUCUGCGCAAGCCGUCCUCGGAAACUGACAUCGAGAACUGGGCCUCCAAGCACUUCAACACACAUACCCAGGGCCUCUUCCGACGGAAAGUGUCCAUCGCCAACAUGCUGGCCUGGAGCAGUGAGUCCAUCAAGAAGCCCAUGAUUGUGACCAGUGACCGCCACGUGAAGAAGGAGGCCUGUGAGAUCUUCAAACUGAUCCAGAUGUACAUGGGCGACCGGCGCGCCAAGGCAGACCCGCUACAUGUGGCCCUGGAGAUAGCCACCAAGGGCUGGAGCGUGCAGGGCCUGCGGGAUGAGCUCUAUAUCCAGCUGUGCCGGCAGACCACGGAGAACUUCCGCCUCGAGAGCCUGGCUCGCGGCUGGGAGCUCAUGGCCAUCUGCUUGGCCUUUUUCCCACCCACACCCAAGUUCCACUCCUACCUGGAGGGCUACAUCUACCGGCACAUGGACCCCGUCAAUGACACCAAAGUGACGCAGCAUAUGAAAGCGCUCCUGGAAAGGAACACUAAGAAGAAGUCCAAGUUGAGAAAGAAACCCAAGCCUUAUGUUGAGGAGCCGGAUGGGGUGGCGAUCAGCACAUACGCCAAGUACUGCUACCACAAGCUGCAAAAGGCGGCCCUGACGGGGGCCAAAAAGGGGCUGAAGAAGCCCAACGUGGAGGAGAUCCGGCACGCCAAGAACGCUGUGUUCAGCCCAUCCAUGUUUGGCAGCGCGCUGCAGGAGGUCAUGAGCCUGCAGAAGGAGCGCUACCCUGACCGGCAGCUGCCCUGGGUACAGACACGUCUGUCUGAGGAGGUGCUAGCGCUCAACGGUGACCAGACGGAAGGCAUCUUCAGAGUUCCUGGGGACAUUGAUGAAGUGAACGCCCUGAAGCUACAGGUAGACCAGUGGAAGGUGCCUACAGGCCUGGAGGACCCCCACGUCCCUGCGUCGCUGCUGAAGCUGUGGUAUCGGGAGCUGGAAGAGCCCCUGAUCCCGCACGAGUUCUACGAGCAGUGCAUCGCACAUUACGAGAGCCCUGAGGCCGCCGUGGCCGUGGUGCACUCGCUGCCCCGCAUCAACCGCCUGGUGCUGUGCUACCUCAUCCGCUUCCUUCAGGUGUUCGUGCAGCCAGCCAACGUGGCCAUCACCAAGAUGGAUGUCAGCAACCUGGCCAUGGUCAUGGCGCCCAACUGCCUGCGCUGCCGGUCGGACGACCCGCGCGUCAUCUUCGAGAACACUCGCAAGGAGAUGUCAUUCCUACGCGUGCUCAUCCAGCACCUGGACACCAGCUUCAUGGAGGGCGUGCUAUAGCACGUGGGUCCCAAGGACCGAGGGUGGGGACAGAGCCGACGCUCGGGUGUGCGCCCGGGCAGGGGAGCACGCCGGGAGGGGGGAGGGAACGCCCCAGCCGCGGAGGCAGCAUGCCAGGCCCCGCCCAUGCCCGCCCCAGCCCUGGAAGCCCCCAGCUCUCCCACCCAGGCCCCGGGCCUGAGGUCGCAGCCAGGGCAGAGGGGUUGGGAAGGGCGUCUCUGUCCGCACACCCCCCUCCCACCCCGCUGCCUCGUGGCCAGAUCUGUGGGCACCGCCCCGCCCACCACCGGCCGGUCAGCCCCGAGAAAGUGCCUUCUGUUUCCUGGAGCCAAGUGACACUGCCCCUCCCGGCCGGCCCGAGAGCACAUGCCACCCUCCCCUGGAGCUGGGGCUCCUGCGCUCAGCCUGGCCCUGGCCUGGACCCUGCCCGGCUGCCCCUCUUUCCUCUGCCCCUCCCCGGUUCCCCUCUGUUUCCUUCCUGGCCUGCAGCCUCCUCCUGCCCCCUGCCACCUGUGGCCUCCAACGUGGAGACCGUGGGAAUUUGGGGGCCCCAGGGCACUGGGCUGUCCCAUCACCAGAGCAGGGCCUGGCAGGCUCUCUCUAGGUAGGGAGGGGCCCCCAAACCAAAGUCCUCUGGGGUCGGGGGCAGGGUUGAGCAGGCAUUCUUGGGGCAGGGUGGGGGUGGGGGGCAAGAGUAUUUUUUUCUUCGUGUAACUAUAAAUUCAGAAUCUAUCCAGCACACCAACCCGCCUGUGUAUAGAGAUAUAGAGGGAAAGAUAUAAGAACUAAAUUUGCUAAUGACAUAGUUUUAACCCAAAUGCUAUUUAUCUCUGAGCCGUCCUAGCCUGUCCUCUGCAGAGCAAGUUGAUCUCACUCCUUCAUUUUCUUCGCCACUUUCUUGGCUCCUGACCAAAAACCAAACCCUGCCCCAUCCCCAUCUGGGACCUGCAGUAGAAGAGAGGGAAGGAACCCCAAGCUGGGGAACCAGGGAGCGCCCAGGAGUGCCCUUCCUCAAGGCCAGAGCUGGGGGUAGGAAGUACCUAGACUCUCAGUUUGUACAUUUUCCAUUUUGGAAUUUUGAGUUCCAAUUGUAAAACUUAAUUUCUCCCCAGUUUAUAUAUAUAUACAUAUAUAUAUAUAUUUUUUAGAGUUGAGUUUUUAUUUAUUAAAAACAAAAAAGCCCAGCCCUGCCGUGGCCCGGGUGUUCCCUGAGGUAGCGUCCUCAGUCGGGUGGUCUCCGGGCCUGGGGUGGGUGGCCCGGCCACAGACUCUGGCUCUGACGCAUGGACUCAAGAGGUGACAACACUUUGUGUGAAUAAAAUACAUAUGGACACUUGA